UCAGAUUCUUUAUUUUUCAUGCCUAGCCCAAUGAUCCAAGGGUCUGGGUUGGGGAAACGGUGCUAAUCAGAGACGUCCUAGAGUUUCUUGGGGCACUGACUACCUCUUGCCUGAGGAGAGCAAACUCCAAUCACUUCCUGGAGCUCAUGAAACCCCACCUCUAGCAGGGGCCACUCAGCCCCAAGCCUUAGCCCAGUGGCUGCUCCACCCUCCCCGCCCCAGUGUUACCUGUCAGACCUGAGCUGCAGCGCUAGUGGCUCCCAGAGCAGGCAGGCUCCCUGCUGGGAACUGGGCUACUGGCCAUGUUCUGGGACCUCUGGUCAAGAUGGCUGGCCGACAAAGGGCUGCCUCUCCUGGGGGCAGUGCUGCUGGGGAAGAGGGAGAAGAGAAGACCGAAGUGGAGGCACUGGCAGGAAACCUAUCCAUACUAUGACCUUCAGGUGAAGGUGCUGAAGGCCAGAAACAUCAAGGGCACAGACCUGUUGACCGAAGCUGAUUGCUAUGUACAACUAUGGCUGCCCACGGCGUCCCCCAGCUAUGCCCGGACAAAAACCGUGCCUAACUGUGGGGACCCCGAGUGGAACGAGACCUUCCACUACCAGAUCCAUGGGGCUGUGAAGAAUGUCCUGGAGCUCACCCUCAGCGAUGAGGACAUCCUGAGUAGCAGCCCACUCUCCGUGCUCCUGUAUGACCUGAGCACUCUUCAGCCCGGCCAGCCCCAUCGCCACACCUUCCCACUCAACCAGCAGGAUUCACAGGAGCUACAGGUGGAAUUCAUUCUGGAGAAGAGCCAGACACCUGCCUCUGAGGUCAUCACCAAUGGAGUUCUGGUGGCUCAACCCUGUCUGAGAGUCCAGGGCACCCUCCAGGCAGAUGGGACAGCCUCGCAUCAAGACUUUGGUUCCGGGCAGAUCCUGCUGUCGGUGCCUGGGGCUUACGAGAGGCCACAGCCCUUGCCCCUGCGGCCGCCCGUGGAGCCCGAUCUGCCCACCUUUACCUUCCACGUGAACCCCGGGCUGGGCUCCAGGCUGAACGUGGGGAUGGAAGAGGUUGUGCCGGGGGCUCCCGGCACGGAGCUGGAUGGGGGGAGCAUCCUGCUCUCUUCUCUGCCCGUGGGUCGAGAGGUGCGGCGCAGUGUGGUCCUGGGGGAGGGACAGGAGGUGGCUCUGAGUGUGAAGGCGGAAAUGAGUUCUGGGGACCUGGACCUGCGCCUUGGCUUUGGCCUCUGUGAUGGGGAGCAGGCGUUCCUGGACAAGAGGAAGCAGGUCGUGUCCGAGGCUGUAAAGCAGGUGCUUGGAUUGACUGAAGCUCCACACUGUGACCAGGUACCCGUGGUGGCCGUGUUGGGGUCUGGAGGUGGAACCCGGGCCAUGACUUCCUUCUAUGGCAGCCUGGCAGGGCUGCAGGAGCUCAGCUUCCUGGACACGGUGACCUACCUCAGUGGGGUCUCCGGCUCCACCUGGUGCAUCUCCACACUCUAUAAGGACCCAGCCUGGUCGCACGUGGCCUUGCAGGGCCCCAUUGAGCAUGCUCAGGCUCGGGUCUGCAGCAGUAAGCUGGGGGCAGUGUCCACGGAGCAGCUACAGUACUACGUCCAGGAGCUGGGAGCCCGCAAGAGCGGCGGCCACAGUGUGUCCCUCGUUGACUUCUGGGGUCUCCUCAUUGAGUAUUUCCUUGACCAAGAGGCCAGCCCUGCCAAGCUGUCUGACCAGCAGGCCGCCAUCAGCCAGGGUCAGAACCCUUACCCCAUCUAUGCCUCUGUCAACGUUCACGACAACGUCCGUGGGAAAGACUUUGCAGAGUGGUGCGAGUUCACCCCCCAUGAGGUCGGCCUGCCCAAGUACGGAGCUUACGUCCCCACUGAGCUCUUCGGCUCUGAGUUCUUCAUGGGAAGGCUGCUGCAGCUCCGGCCUGAGCCCCGCCUCUGCUACCUGCAGGGUAUGUGGGGCAGCGCCUUCGCGGCCAGCCUGGAUGAGAUCUUCCUGAAGACCACCGGCUCAGGCCUGGGCUUCCUCAACUGGAACAAGGGCAGCGUGAAUGUCACAGAUGACAGUUCCGAGCUCCAGCCUCAUGAUCCCACGUGGCUGCCGACCAGGCUCCUCACCCCGCAGGGCCCCCUCUACCAGGCCGUGCUGGACAUAUUCACCUCGCGCUUGACGGCCGCCCAGACCUUCAACUUCAUGCGGGGUCUCUGCCUUCACAACGACUAUGCGGCUGGGAGGGAGUUUGUGGCCUGGCAAGACACGCACCUAGACGCCCUCCCGAACCAGCUCACGCCCAUGCAGGACUGCCUGUCCCUGGUGGAUGGAGGCUUAGCCAUCAACUCGCCUUUCCCACUCACGCUGGUACCCCAGCGGGCCGUGAACCUCAUUCUGUCCUUUGACUACGCCUUGGAAGCCCCUUUUAAGGUCUUACAGGUGACGGAGCGGUACUGCCGGGACCGGGGGAUCCCCUUCCCCAGGAUCGAGCUGGGCCCGGAGGACUUGGAGGAACCCCACGAGUGCUAUCUGUUUGCUGACGCAGACGACCCCCGCUCGCCCAUCGUGUUGCACUUCCCCCUGGUCAACAGCACCUUUCGCACCUACCUGGCCCCAGGCGUAGAGCGGCAAACAGCCGAGGAGAAGGCGUUUGGGGACUUUGACAUCAACGGGCCGGACACCCCCUAUGGCAUGAUGAACUUCACCUACGAGCCCCAGGAGUUUGAGCGGCUGGUGGCGCUGAGCCGAUACAACGUUCUGAACAACGUGGAAACCGUCAGGCAUGCCCUCCGGCUGGCUCUGGACCGGCGACAGGGACAGGCGGGCGUGAGGGCCGAGGACUGA